AGUUUUGGGCUCACUUUCUUCGACUUCCAUCAGCCAAUCCAACCACUUACCACCCCAUUCUUCUGCUAUAUAUAAAGCUCUCACAUAUUUCUCACUUCAUUAAGAAGCGGCGUAUUGUAAAUUUGUAAUACUACACCAACCCAUUGACCCAUCCACAUCCCAUCACCUUGCUUCUCUUGAUCUGCCAUGGCUUUCGAUAAGAUCAACGUUACCAACCCCAUUGUUGAGAUGGAUGGUGAUGAAAUGACUCGUGUUAUCUGGCAGAUGAUAAAGGACAAGCUGAUAUUUCCAUUUCUGGAGUUGGACAUAAAAUAUUUUGAUCUUGGUCUUCCCCACCGUGAUGCUACUGAUGACAAAGUUACUGUUGAAAGUGCUGAAGCAACUCUGAAGUACAAUGUGGCAAUCAAGUGUGCAACUAUUACUCCAGAUGAAGCACGCGUGAAAGAAUUCAACUUGAAAAGUAUGUGGAGAAGCCCAAAUGGGACAAUCAGAAACAUUCUGAAUGGCACUGUCUUCAGAGAACCCAUCCUUUGUAAAAAUGUUCCUAGGCUUGUCCCAGGUUGGACAAAGCCUAUAUGUAUUGGAAGACAUGCAUUUGGAGAUCAGUACAGAGCAACUGAUACUGUCAUUAAGGGUGCUGGGACACUCAAGCUAGUAUUUGUACCUGAAGGAAAAGAUGAAAAAUCAGAAAUGGAGGUUUUCAAGUUUACUGGAGAUGGAGGUGUAGCUUUGUCCAUGUACAACACUGAUGAGUCCAUCACAUCAUUUGCGGAGGCUUCAAUGAGCAUGGCCUAUGAGAAAAAGUGGCCACUCUAUCUUAGCACUAAGAACACUAUACUUAAGAAAUAUGAUGGGAGAUUCAAGGACAUAUUUCAAGAAGUUUAUGAAAGCAAAUGGAAGUCAAAAUUUGAAGAAGCUGGAAUAUGGUAUGAGCAUCGUCUCAUUGAUGAUAUGGUUGCUUAUGCUCUCAAGAGUGAAGGAGCUUAUGUGUGGGCAUGCAAGAACUAUGACGGAGAUGUACAGAGUGAUUUCCUUGCUCAAGGGUUCGGAUCUUUGGGAUUGAUGACUUCUGUAUUGAUAUGCCCUGAUGGAAAAACUAUUGAAGCUGAAGCCGCUCAUGGUACAGUAACACGUCAUUUCAGAGUUCACCAGAAGGGUGGUGAAACCAGCACCAACAGCAUUGCCUCAAUCUUUGCUUGGACUAGGGGACUUGCUCACAGGGCUAAAUUGGACAAUAAUGAAAGACUCUUGGGGUUCACACAAACAUUGGAAGCAGCUUGUGUCGACACUGUUGAAUCUGGGAAAAUGACCAAGGAUCUUGCUCUCAUCACCCAUGGAUCAAAGCUUACAAGGGACCAAUAUCUCAACACAGAAGAGUUUAUAGAUGCUGUCGCUGCAGAGCUUAAAGCAAGAUUAUAGGCCAGUAUGUGUGGGUUGUCCUAAUAGGUCUGAGCUCAUGAAUCCGACAAGUGAGAGGAACAAGCAUUCAUACAUAUUUCAUCGCUUUCUUUAGCUUAAACUUCACUUGGCUUCAGUUUAGUGGUCCUCUGUUCUUUCCUUUAAUAUUGAUUUCAAAUGGCUUUCUUUGGCCUACAAACUCAGUGCAAUUCUAUGUAUGUUGGACUCUUUUUUUGUUA